AAUUGUUAGAAGAAUAUAAAUUAACAAUGAAUAUUAAAGAAUUAAGCUCAUUUAUCAAAGAAUAUGAUCUUAAGCUUACUUAAAAGCUAGUCAAAUACUUAGUGAUAAUUGGAAUAUCAGCUAUGAAAAGCAAAACGUAGGAUAUAUCAAUUGAAACGAUUAAACUAAUUGCGAGCUCUUGUAAAUAAUAAAAGUUGAAGAAAGAAAUGGCUACUUUAAAAGAAAAAGUAAUCAAUAUUUAAUAGUCAAUUACCCCAAGAAUGGGAAAUUGCAAUUUUUCUGAAGAUAAAUAAUUAAGAAUUUCAAAAAGCCCAUUGAUCUAAUCAGAAUAUUCACCUAUUUAGAAGAAAAAGGAAUAACCUAGUAAUAAGACGAAAAAAGCUAUAUCGGUUUAAGAUUAAGAUUUCAAUUUUUAAUCGUUAAAUUUGAAAAAUAAAAGUAAUCAACUCAGUAAAAAAUUGGAAUAAUAAAAUAAAUAAACAUAAUCUUAAAAAGAUAAUUAAAAUUGCUAUUAAUCAUCAAUGAGAAUAAAUUUAGAUUAGAUUGCCAAUAAUUUUCUGAGAUCUCCUUUAAUCCAAAAUCCGUUGACAAUAAGAAACUAAUCUUAAUAAAAUGAACUCUAAUAUUUCUUUUAGAAUACAUGGAAAUAAUUUUGA